GUUAAUGUGUCAUUCGAAAAUAUUUUGAACAAAAAUAAAUUUUGGGAACUAUCUACGAAAACAUUGCUGAAAUAUUAUUUUAUAAUUAAAUAUAUUUUCUGAAUUCGAUUUUUUGCGAAUGGCUGGCAGUAAUGCCACCAAAAGUGUGUUAGGCGAAUUGGCGAAACGUGUGCCAAAUAAUCAGAAGAAACAAUUUCGUCAUUUACUCGAUCUCAAUACUGAAUACAAAAAGCGCGUGAAUAAGUAUCCUGAAAAGUUGCCGCGAAUCGAUUGGGAUUACUAUCGCACGAACGUACGUAUAGAAGCCAUAAAAAUGGUAGAUGAAUUUGAGAAAAAAUACGAAGAGUUGAAUAAGGUAUUCGAUGAUCGCGUGAAAUUGGACACGAAGAAAUACUACGAGGAGCUGGAAAAGCAGAGAGCAGUAGUACAGGCACAAGUGAAGCAGUAUAUUUUAGAAUCAAACAAACGCGUGAAAGCUUAUGAAACUGAAAUAGAACGGCUUUGUAAUAUGAAACCUUAUUCGUCAAUGACAAUGGAAGAGUUUAUUAACUUGCGUCCUGAGUGCUCGAAUUAUAUACCACAUCAACGUAAGCCUCUUUUCUGGCCGCAUGAUCCAGACGAGCAGACACCUGGACCGGUAGGUUUGCCGAAAAUAGACGGUGGUCGUGGGGGAGGUGAUUCUGGUGGUAGUGGCGGUAAGCAUCCUAUUAAACCGCGUGACAUUAAAAGUAGCACGCAAAGUUUCGAAUUCAAAGAAGUGGAGGCAAGUUCUCCUAAAGAUAAACAAGAGCCUGCGACACUCAAAUCAGAAGCUGAGUCAGAAAAAUGGCGGCAGGAAGAGCCUAACAAAGAAAUUAGUUCAAAAAGUGUAGAGAAACUAAAGCCAAAUGUAGACAAACCCAUUUCUAAAGAGGAAAGACGAAAAUUAGAUCCAUGCGGACUAAUAGAAAAACAAGCAAAGAAAGAGAAAGCUGAAGCCAUAACGUUACCACAAGAACAGAAGCCACAAAAAAUUGAUAUAGAAACUGAGGCAGAAAAGAAGCCGCACCCAUGUGAUUUGGCAAAAAGGAAGACAGAGCCUACUUCUAAAGCAGACGAUACCUGCAAAACUGUACGCAAGGGGCCUUAUAAAGAUGAAGCAAAGCAAACCAGAAUAUUUGUGGAUCCAUGCGGUGUGGGAUUUGGCGAUAGGGUAAAAGCAGAUGUUAAACCAGCAGUGGAAAAAGCUGCACAAAAGGCGGAAUCUAAGCCACAAUCAAUGGAACCUAAAAAAUCUCAGCCGUGUGAGAUAGUUAAGAAGAAAUCUGACGUCGCUAAAGAUCCAUGCAAAGCUGUGCCAAAAACAGAAGUACUGGUACCAAAAAAAUCACAACCGUGUGAGAUAGUCAAGAAAAAAGCUGAUCCCGAUAAAGAUAUUUGUAAGGGUGCCUCAACAAAGGAUCAACCUAAAGACGGAAAGAGAACCUUUUUUGAUCCAUGCGCUGUUGGUUUUGGCACUGGAAUAAAAUCAGCGGAAAAACCCACAACAAAGACUGAACCAAAGCCAAUGGAUCUUAAAAAGUUACCACCGUGCGAGAUAGUCAAGAAAAAAGCUGAAGCCGAAAAAGAUCCAAAAAGUAUGACAAAAAAUUUGCACGUUAAAGAUGGAAAAGAUAAUACCCGUGUAUUUGUGGAUCCUUGCAGUGUUGGCUUCGGUUCGAAAGCAGCUGAUUCAAACGUGGAGAAGACUACAUCUGACACUAAGCCAUGUACUUUGGAAGUGAUUAAACCAAAAGAAGUUCAAAAAUCAUCACCCUGUGAUGAAACAAAAAAGCCAAAAGCUGGAACCGAUAUGUUAAAGGACAAAAAUAAUUUUACCAUGGUGUUUGCUGAUCCCAAAUGUGCCAAAACAGCUAAAGAUCGUUCUAAAGAAGAUAAGGACAAACUUAGCAAGCCUUGUGGCGCUCUACCGUAUUACAAUCCAUUCCGAAGUGAAGAAGAAAAUCGAGAAAAUGAAGAAAAGAUGUGCGAAGAUAGCGAACAGGAUGAUCCAUGUGCAAACGAUAAUAUCGAAGAUGAUUAUUACGAUCCAUGCAAAGAUGACAAAUAUGACGAAGAUAAGUAGUGUCAAAGAGUUAAUGACGCGACUUUAGGAAGAUGCCUGUAUAUUUGGAGAUUUCUUUUUUUUUAAAUUUAACUUCGCGCAAUUUGCGAAACUUUCUGUGCAAAUGUAUAUUUUAAUAAAUUUUUUGAAAGUUUCAUAUUUUUAAAAUUAAA